CUGAACUCCAAAGUACCACUGUCAUCUCUCCAACCCCUGCCCACAGAUUUACUCUCUCCUUGCAAUGUGGUGCAGUCGUAUGGCACUGCGUCGGCUCCAGCGGAUUGCUGUUGCUCCUUUGAAUAUCCCCGGGGGUCUAACUAGCAACAUGCAGAGGGAGAUGUCAACCCUGCCACGAGUGUAUAUCACCCGGCAGAUCCCACCAGAUGGCCUGAAGAUCCUCCGUGAAUCUGGACAGGUGCAGUUUGAGAUGUGGGACUCAGAUGACGUCCCUGUACCCAGGAAGGAGCUCCUGCAGAAGGUCAAAGGUGUUGAUGCUCUUCUCUGCGUGCUGACAGAGAAGAUUGAUGCCGAGUUGUUGGAUGCUGCAGGUCCAAACCUGAAGGUCCUCAGUACUAUGUCGGUGGGUUUUGACCAUCUCUCUUUGGAGGAGCUAAAGAAAAGAGGGAUCCGUGUGGGUUACACCCCUGAUGUUCUGACCGAUGCUGUGGCUGAGCUGACUGUCGCUCUGCUCCUCGCUACCUCCAGGAGGCUCAUAGAGGCCACACAUGAAGCCAAGACUGGUGGCUGGGGUACAUGGAGAACUCUGUGGCUGUGUGGACACGAGCUGGCCAACAGCACUGUGGGUAUCUUUGGCCUGGGGAGGAUUGGUGUGGCUAUCGCUGAGCGUUUAGCACCUUUCAAAGUAAAGAAGUUCAUCUACACAGACGUGGCCCCCAGGCCUGAGCUGGCCAGUGCCAUCAAUGCAGAAUAUGUCUCUUUCGACGAGCUGGCAAAGCAGUCAGAUUUCCUGGCUGUGUGCUGCGCUUUAACACCAGAAACAAAGGAGAUCUGCAACAAGAACCUCUUCUCCAAGAUGAAAAAUACCUCCAUCUUUAUCAACACAAGCAGAGGUGGUGUGGUGAACCAGGAAGACUUGUACGAGGCUCUGUCCACUGGACAGAUUGCAGGAGCUGGGUUAGAUGUCACUGUUCCCGAGCCCCUGCCCACAAACCACCCACUCUUUACCCUCAAAAACUGCGUGAUUCUCCCACAUAUUGCUAGUGCCUCUUAUACCACCCGUAAUGGCAUGUCUGCUCUGGCGGCAAACAACCUCCUCCUCGGUCUGCGGGGGGAGCCGAUGAUCAAAGGACUCAAACUGUAACUAGUGAAUGCUUGGACAUCCGUAUCUAGUUAUUCUUAAUAAAAUUAAAAUAAAACUA